CGACGGCGGCGCGCCGGCUCGGACAGCGGCGCAGAAGGCAGUGGGAAGCGACGGGCGGCGGGCGCGGAACUGAGCACUGCUGGUGACACAUCGACCGACACGCGCCGCAGCCAUGAGUGCGUGGAGCCAGACUGUGCUGCUGGUCAUUCUGGCGGUGCUGGUGCUGGGGGCUGUCGGACGGCCCCAGUACCAGAGCGGGUACGGCACCGGGCCCCUCUCCGAGGCCAAACUGUGGCGUCGCGUGGUCGACACGGACAAGGAAGAUUACCGAGCCGCGCGCGCCGCCGCCGCCAUCGCGCUGCGCCUCUUCAGGAACGCCGGAACGCAGACCAACAUCAUCAAGGACGUUGAGCCGAUCUACAAGUACAAGAGGCCCAAGUUUGCCACCAGCUACAGGCCGCCGGCCGGACACUGAUGACUGAGAAGCGCGAAUUUUCUAUAAACGAAAGGGGAGGGAGGGGGAGGCAGCUGACAAGAUACCACUACACACCACGACGCAAUCAUGGAGGGAGCAUCAAGGAGUUCCACUGGACAGUGGACAGACCAGAGUCAGACCAGGAGCUCUGCUGGACCGCGGAGGCAGCUCCAUGCCGUGACCCGCCAGCGCCCGGCCGAGGAGGCGUCACGUCGCAUCAUGUUUCAUGGUCACCUUUGUGUCACAAGGGAGUCGACCUUGGCAGUGCUACCCUUCCCACUAAUACGGUUGUGUAUCGAGUGAUGAAACGAUUCCAAAUACUAGCUGUGCCAAGAGGUGAUGGACUUAAAAUUAGUCCGAAGUGUUAAGCAUACCUUUAUGUUGUUUCAACUGGAGAUGUGAAAGCACCAAAGAAAGCAAAAUGAAAAGGAAGCAAAGC